AUGGCUAUCCAGCAGGAGCUCAGCACAUUACCUUUUCAGAAGAACUGGGAUAAACUAACUAUCCAUGGGGCUCUAUCAAUGGCUGUUCACUCAAAUGAAAUAUUAGGAUUUCAAAAUUUUAUUCAAACUCGAAAUCAUUUCUUGACAAGAGGAGAUGGCUUCAUCAGGGAUUUUUGGGAACAAUCAUUUGACUGUACAUUUCCAGGUCUGUUCAUUAGCAAAAAUGAUAUUAAAGUUUGCACUGGGGAAGAGAAGCUAGAUGAUCUUCCUGGGGCUUUUUUUGAAAUAAGCAUGACUGGCCACAGCUACAAUGUUUAUAAUGCUGUCUAUGCAGUUGCCCAUGCCUUACAUGACAUGCAGUCAAGUGAAUCCAAACAUGGAAGAAGCAUGAAACUACAGAAUCAACAACCAUGGCAGCUCCACGAUUUUCUAAAAAGAGUCUCAUUUAACAAUACUGUUGGAGAUGAAAUUUCUUUUGACCAAAAUGGUGCAUUGAUAGGGGGCUUCGAUAUAGUAAAUUGGGUUGCAUUUGCAAACCAAUCUUUCCAUCGAGUGAAAGUUGGAAAGCUAGAUCCCCAUGUUUCACCUGACAAAAUGUUCAGCAUUUGUGAUGAAGCUAUCACAUGGCACAGCAGUUUUAACCAGAUGUUGCCCAUCUCUGUGUGCUCUGACAACUGCCAUCCUGGUUAUUUCAAGAGAAAACAGGAAGGGAAGCCAUUUUGUUGCUAUGAUUGUAUGCCAUGUCCAGGAGAAAAAAUCACUGACCAAACAGACAUGGAUGACUGUCACAAAUGCCCUGAAGAUGAAUAUCCAAACAGAGCUCAAGACCUCUGUGUUCCUAAGAAUACCUGGUUCUUGUCCUAUAUCGAACCACUGGGGAUCAGUUUAAUAAUGUUGGCACUCACCCUGUUUGUUUUCACAGCUUUGGUUUUAGGAGCUAUUGUGAAGCACCAUGAUUCCCCAGUCAUCAAAGCUAAUAAUAGGCGUCUCACCUACACACUCCUAAUAUCCCUCUUGCUCUGUUUUCCCUGUGCUUUUCUAUUUAUUGGCCCACCUGGGAAAGUGACAUGCCUUUUGAGACAAGUUAGUUUUGGCAUGAUCUUUUCAGUGGCUAUUUCUUGCAUAUUGGCAAAAACCACUACCGUUAUUCUGGCUUUUAGGGCUAUAAAACCAGGAAGUAGAAUGAGGACUUGGGUGGGAAAAGGACUAGCUUUUCCCAUUGUCCUCUGUUGCUCCAUUAUCCAAGCAGGCAUUUGUACAGCAUGGCUGGUCACCUGUCCUCCAUUUCCAGAAGCUGACAUGAACUCAGUAACUGAAAAAAUUGUACUGGAAUGUAAUGAAGGUUCUGUUACGAUGUUUUACUGUGUUUUGGGCUAUGUGGGCUUUCUGUCAACAACAUGUUUCAUCAUAGCUUUCUUUGCCAGAAAGUUGCCAGAUAGUUUCAAUGAAGCCAAGUUCAUCACUUUUAGUAUGUUGAUCUUCUGCAGUGUUUGGUCAUCUUUUGUACCAGCCUAUCUCAGUACCAGGGGAAAAUAUACUGUAGCAGUGGAGAUCUUCUGUAUCUUAGCCUCCAGUGCUGGGCUUCUGAGUUGUAUCUUUUUUCCAAAAUGUUACAUAAUUCUCCUGAGGCCUGAGUUAAACAACCGGGAACAGCUUAUGAAGCACAAACAUUGA